UGGGCUCUCCAUUUGCGCAUAGGAUGCGCUGGAGAGGAAUAUCACCAGAACAAACCGCCAUUAAUGGCAGAAUUCGUCUAUAGUGGAUUUAAAAUGCAGACGAGCUGAUUUGAUAACAUGUCUGACGCUACAUUUACUCCGACUCCCGAUGUAAAGUUUCUGGGCGACUCUCCGGAGCGCGAUAACACCAGCGCCGCUCCGGAGCAUCCGCACUUCCAUUCAGGCAUCAUUAUCGCCACAAUUUACGCGCUCCUCAUAACUGCUGGACUAAUUGGUAAUGUGACGCUGAUUAGGACGUUUUGCAACGUGAAAUCCAUGCGCAAUGUCCCUAAUCUGUUCAUGUCGAGUCUCGCUCUCGGAGACGUGCUUCUGCUGGUCACCUGCGCGCCCGUGGAUGCCAGCAAGUUUCUAGCGGAUGAGUGGCUGUUCGGGCGGAUGGGUUGUAAACUCAUCCCGUUCACCCAGCUGACGUCGGUCGGAGUGUCGGUGUUCACGCUCACAGCGCUGGCAGCUGACAGAUACAAGGCAAUUGUCAAGCCAAUGGAUAUCCAGACAUCUAAAGCCUCGCUUAAGGUCUGCCUGAGGGCUGUGUCAAUCUGGCUUCUCUCCAUGAUCCUGGCCAUUCCUGAGGUGGUGUUCUCCGAUCUCCACACCUUCCACAUCCCUGAAACCAAUGAGACUUUUAAAACAUGUGCCCCGUAUCCUCAUGCCGGAGACCUGCACCCCAAAAUCCAUUCCAUGGCCUCCUUCCUCAUUCUGUACAUCAUUCCUCUCUUCAUUAUUGCUGUGUACUACAUUUUCAUUGCCAGGAGUCUGAUUCAGAGUGCGAUCAACAUGCCUGUGGAAGGAAAUGCACACAUUCGGAGGCAGAUUGAGUCACGUAUACGGCUUGCCAAGACAGUGCUGGUGUUUGUGGGCCUUUUUGCCAUCUGCUGGCUCCCCAACCAUGUGAUUUACCUCUACCGGUCCUACCACUACACAGAAGUGGACACCUCAAUGGCCCAUUUCAUCUGCAGUGUGUGUGCGCGUAUCCUUGCCUUCACCAACUCUUGCGUAAAUCCUUUUGCUCUCUACCUGCUCAGUAAAUCCUUUAGAAAGCAGUUCAACAAUCAGCUUUGCUGUUGCUGCCCCUCCAUCUUGCUGCAUUCACAAAGCACUAGGCGUAACAACACACGGCUGAGUUCAAUCAAAAGUACCCAGAACCACUCUGUUGCUAGCUUCAGCCUUGUCAAUGGCAAUGCUGUCUGCCAUUAGAGCUUCUUACGUUAGGAAUUGUUCCCCCGAAAAUGAAAGCUUUCAUAGAUCUGUUUUUGCACU